GUUGUUUGAUAGCGAUAUGGCGAUGGCAGGCAAUCCCUAGGCCCUGGCAGUGAUCUAGAAUCGCGAGCAUUGGAGCUGGCUUCCAUCGAAUCCAGCUAGGGAUCGCGGAUAUGGGAUCGAUGAGGCCUUCGAUUCGAUCCAAGGCGUCGGGACCGGUCGGGCAGCACUUGGCAAAUGGAGGUAUCGCGCGAGAGGAGCUCUCAGUGUUUGAAUCCGAGUCUUUCGACGCGGAUUCUUACGUCCAAGGCAAGUGCCAGUCCAUGAGCGAGAAGGGAAUCCGGAAGCUAUGCUCAGAGCUUACCGAGCUGAAAAGGGACUCGGCAGAGGAGAUGAGGAAGAGCGUCUACGCAAACUACUCGGCAUUCAUCCAGACGUCACGAGAGAUCUCAGAUCUGGAGUGUGAGUUAGUCUCGAUGCGGAAUCUCCUCACCACUCAAGCAGCGCUCGUCCACAAGCUCGCAGAGGUACAAUUACCUCCGAUGAUAAGUGAGAAUGGUGGAUCCUUACCUCAUGAAAACGGGCAUGUAGAUGACGACUCAACCUCGGCGUCGGAAACCGAGGCCAGGGCUCUGCUCGACGUUACUGACAUCUACAUUGCCGAGAGGAAGAUAGAAAAGGCCCUGGACGCCUUGCAACGUUGUGAAGCGCUGCUCCGGCCGCUCAAGAGCAGCAACAGCCUGGAGCAGCUUUUUAUGGACCAGCGGCUCCGGCUUACAGAACUUUUGACGCAGUUCGCAAAGCAGCCUUCGAUCCGGAGCGCAGAGCUCCGCUCGGUUAUCUCCGCCCUAGACAGACUCGGGGAUGGCCCGCAUGCACACACUCUUCUGCUGUAUUCCCACCACGAUCGACUGCAGCGAGCUAUCGCCAACCUCCGUCCCAGCGGCACUUCUUACGGUGGUGCCUACACAGCUGGGCUCUGUCAGCUAGUCUUCUCACACAUCGCGCAGGCCGCGAGGAGUUCUACCGCGGUUUUUGGAGAGCAGCCAUCGUAUGCAUCCGAGCUGGUUCUCUGGGCACGCGGCGAGACUGAAAACUUCGUGGCGCUGAUAAAGAAGCAUGUACUUUCGGCCUCGGCAGCAUCAGGUGGCCUGCGAGCUGCGGCGGAGUGCGUACAGAUUGCUCUUGGCCACUGCACGCUGCUGGAAGGUUACGGCCUUGCGCUGAGUCCCGUGCUUACAAUGAUGGUGAAGCCGAGUGUGGAGCAGGCGCUGGACGCCAACUUGCGAAGAAUAGAGGACAGCGUCAGUGUUUUAGCUGCCGCGGACGACUGGACUUUGGUGCAGCCGCCACCCCGUACUGGCUUGCGUGCGGCCUCGUCGAUCCUGUUUCCUCCUCAUUUGAAGCUGUCUACGAGUGCUUAUCGUUUCAUUUCUAUGGUCCAGGACUUUGUCGACGACGUUACGCCUUUGACGAGCAUGCAUCUCACGAGCACGACACUUGAUGGUGUGGCUCGCCUCUUCGACUCGUUUGUUCAUCUCCUCAUGAGGGCGAUGCCAGCUGCCAUCGACGAUGAGGACGUUCCCGAGAUCACAGACAACCUCAGCAUCAAGGUGGCCGACACCGACGCUGAGAAGCUUUCCCUGUUGGCCAACGCGGCAGCUAUGGCCGACGAGCUGCUACCCCGGACGAUCGUAAAGAUCCUGCCUUUGAAAGACAGAGAAGAGAGCCGCAUGAGGCGGUCGCUGGACAAGCCAGCGACGGGUGUGCGGUCCGAGCACAGGGAGUUCCGGCGGAGAACGCAGCGUGCCGUGGACAAGCUGCGCGAUCGCUUCUGCCAGAAGUACGCGCUGGAGCUCAUCUACACCGACGAGGGGGAGUCCCUGCUAAGUGCCGACCUCUAUCUGGGACUGGACAACGACGGUGACACUGCCAACUCCGCCUGGCUUGACGAUCCAAUGCCUUCUCCGGUCUUCCAGACACUAUUCGAGAGGAUCAAGACAAUAGCAGCCGCCGGUGGCGACGUGAUGUCUGGGAGGGAAAGAUUCGUGACAGUUCUCUUGAUACGGCUCGUUGAAACCGUGGUGCUCUAUCUUUCCUCUGAUCAAGACUUUUGGGAGGACAUCGAAGAUGGUCCCAGACCGCUGGGGCCAGUCGGCCUUCAACAGAUGGUGCUGGACAUGAAGUUUGCGGUUCAAAUGGCUGGCCAAGUGAAUCACUCCUCUUUGAGACAUCUAAGGCAGCUCGUGGAAGACUUGAUCGCACGAGCUAUUGACGCUUACGCUGCGACCGGGAUGGAUCCUUACAGUGUACUGCCUGAAGAGACUUGGUUUAUGGGAAUGGCUCAGGAGGCGAUUGACAGAUUGUCUGGUGGCUGGUCGAAAGACUCAGCCAGCCCAACCGCAUCGGUGUCUGCGAAUUCCAUCUCUUCAUUGAAAUCUCAUGGAAGUCCUUGAGGAAACAGGUAUUCGACAUUUUAUCUGAAGAUGGUAUCACAUUUCUUGUGGCAUAUGUAUUAUAUCAGAUUUCAAGUCUAAUAAAUUAUGUAUGGUUACUCAA